AUGAGUGCAGAACCAUCUGUGCAAACCACGUCGUCUUCGGGGCCAACAGAGCUUCGAUCAGCCCCGUCGUAUGCUGGUAGUUGGACUAAACUCACACCGCCACUCACACCGUGGGUUGUCUCGCUACUCUCGGACCUGGGAUUUGGCCAGAUGACGCCGGUUCAAGCAUCAACCAUCCCGCUAUUCGUGUCGCACAAGGAUGUUGUAGUGGAAGCAGUAACCGGAUCGGGAAAGACACUGGCAUUUGUUAUUCCUGUGCUCGAGAUGCUGGCGAGACGAACAACGAGGCUCAAGAAGGACGAGGUGGGCGCAUUGAUCGUGAGCCCGACGAGAGAAUUGGCAGAACAGAUCUACAAGGUGUUGGUCAUGUUUCUGGACGCACAGAACCACGCGCAUGUCCAAGCACAGCAGCAGCAAGAUCAAGAUGAACAAGACGAGCAAGACGAGCAAGAGGCGCAAAGCGAUAGUGAUACCGAUCCAGAUGCUUCCACCGCGCUCAAUAACAAGCGCAAGUCUUCAAAUCACCUAGUUGCACGCAAAAACAUGAUUUCGGGUGCUCAGUUGGUGGUUGGAGGAUCGAAAUGCACACCGCUCGAUGAUUAUCGUCAGUUGCGCGAUUCGGGCGCCGACAUCCUGGUUGGAACCCCAGGACGGCUGGAAGAGUUGCUAUCCAAAAAGGGUGUCAAGAAAUCCAGCCUGGAAGUGCUCGUCUUGGACGAAGCGGAUCGACUGCUCGAUCUGGGCUUCACCGAAAAUUUACGUCGCAUCCUAUCGCUUCUGCCCAAACAACGUCGAACAGGCCUCUUCAGUGCAACAAUGACAGAUGCGCUCUCAGAGCUCGUCCGGAUCGGCCUGAGAAACCCCGUUCGGGUCGUGGUCAAAGUGGAAGCUAAACACAAAACUAGUUCGAGUAUCGAUGACUCGAGACGUACACCAGCGACACUGCAAAACCUCUACCAACUCUGUCGAGCGCAAAACAAGCUGGCGCAACUUGCACGGAUCGUGCUGUUUGAAUCGAGCCAGAACGCGAUCAGUGGUGGAGCGCGCAAGUUGAUCGUCUACUUUAGCACGUGUGCGCAGGUCAACUACUUUUACUCGGUGUUCAGUCAAGUGUCGAUAUUACGACAACAUCGGGUCAAGCUGUACGCGUUGCAUGGAAAACAGACUCCAAGCAAGAGGAAGAGUAUGUUUGAUACAUUUGUGGCAAGUACCGCAUUGGAUAGCGGAGCGAGUGGGGCCAGCGUGUUGUUCUGUACGGAUGUAGCGGCGAGGGGGUUGGAUUUGCCCGAUGUGGAUGUCGUGGUUCAGUACGAUCCGCCUACGGAUCCCAAGGUGUUUUCACAUCGAUGUGGGCGUACGGCUCGAGCUGGACGCAACGGUCGCGCGAUCGUGAUGCUGCACACAGGACGCGAGCAAGAUUUCGUUUCGUACAUGCGCGUCAAGCGCAUCCCGUUGUCACCCUACCCUUACCUCUCCUCUACACUACACGGUAUCUUGGAACCAGCAGAAGACGAUGCAUCCGCGCACGACUUGGAGCUCUCGAUUCGCGACCUCGCCAAGACCGAUCGCGAGAUCUUUGAGCUUUCCAUCCGAGCCUACGUGAGCUAUGUACGCGCGUACACCAAGCACGAGAUGUCGUACAUCUUUCGCAUCAACGAAUUGGAUCUAGCCGGAGUGGCGAGAGCGUUCGCACUGAUUCGGUUGCCCAGCAUGCCCGAGCUCAAAUCGCGCCAAUCCGCCGGUACGCUAAUAUACAACCAAGAACCGAUCGAUUUCAGCUCGAUUCCGUUCAAAGACAAAGCCAAGCAACGCAUCCGUUUAGCCAAACUCUCUGGAGACCAAGCCAAACCACCAGCGCGCAUCAAAGCGAGCGUCGAUGAUGCGGCGCAGUUGCAAGACGACCAAUGUGAUAGCCAUGACUCGGAUGAUGCACAUCCGAAUUCGUCAGCGACACGUGCCAAGAACAAGAGGAAGCUCGAGCGCGAAAAAGGCGCGUGGUCGGCUCAGAAGGAGCGAAAACAAGCUCGACUAGCCAACAGGGAAAAGCGCGCACGCAAGCGCACGUUUCUCAAGACGCAAGCUGCCGAAUCGAGCUCCAACGCCAAACACGAGCCUCCACAGGACGACCAUGACGAGCACGACUGGAACGACGACUACCGCAAAUUGCAAAAGGACAAACGUCAGCAGCGACAGCGAAACAAAGCAGACCGAGCAAACAGUGACAACGACGACGCUAUGCAUUUCAACAGCGACAGCGACGCCGCCGCCGCCAACGCCGACGCCGAACCCUUCUUUGUCAUCUAA